AUGGUCAUAUUUGCGAUAUUUUAUGUGGGGCGGGUACUCGGGUAUAUUGUCAGCAAAGCAGCGAACUUGGUGUUGUGGAAACAGUAUCGAGUAACAGUAAGUAUCCAGUCGCUGGUGUUCUCCCCGCUGGCAGGGAAGGUGCAUUUUAAGAAUGUCAGCGUAACGAGCCAGGAUCAGCUGAUAAGCGUACUGAAAGGAACAAUUACAUGGCGAUAUUGGCUUAUCGGGCGCUAUCGGAGGUCUGGCACUGCAGAUGGAGCCCGUAGAUGCCGCUUUGCACUGAAAUUCGAGGGCUUCGAGUACUUUGUGUACAACCGGAACGGGGUCUACGAUCGCAUUGCGCGCGAACUGGACGGUGAAGACACCAGCGCAGAGCCGACCGUGUCGGUGCCCUCUGUGGAAGAGGUAAUAGCCGAGCUGCAAGACGACCCGCUAAUUAGACGCUUCCUUCCGGUCGAAUUCUUGCAUAACAAGGGCGCGAUAGUGCUGGGCAACAAGCAGACGCACAGCGUAGCAAUAAUGAAUUAUGAGAAACUGGCUGGCACAGUGAGCAUUGAAGUGCCAGACGACACCAGGGCCCCCAGUAGUUUCCGAACGGAGGCCAAGAUCAGCAACUGUACUGUUGCGAUUAAGCCUAACAUCUCUUAUGAAGUGGACAAUCCGGUGAAGAUAUAUGUUGAACCGAAGCGCACGGCUCGGCUGUGGAAGAAAUACAAGACGCUAUUAGGUACAGUGCUUGAGGCGACUUUACACGCCAAGCGGAAGAAAGAGCAGCAUCAAACGCCCAAGUGGUACGAUAACUGGCGCGGUUUGUCUAUGUAUGACGUGAACUUGGACGAGGAGCUGGACGAAGAAGUUAAGUUUGAUAUUGAACACCAUGAAUACGCCAAGUGCACUACCGUUCUAAAGGCGGAUCAGAUGGAUGUUACCUAUUCGUAUGGGAUGCCGGGGACUGCACGCGUGACUGAUUCGGAUAACGCUGAGAAUCCCCUAUUAGAGCGUCCUGAGUUGGACCAUUCUGUCGAUAUUUUAGUCUACGAUGCGAACUGCACAUAUGGCCCCUGGGCAAACAGACAAGUUCAACAAUGUCUCCGUGUAUUUUCCCCCACGGUGUGUAGAAACUUCAAACUCCGAACUCCAGAGGAAAUUGCUCAACAAACCGAGCCAGCCGCUUUUAAGUUAUCUGUUACCAUCAUGGAGGAUUCAGUACUGCGGGUCCCUAUGAAGGAAAGUAGCAAGGAUGCUGCCUUUUUGGAGAAAUAUAAGCAAACAAGAGAUGAGACACGGCCGUUUGGCUGGAUUGAUAUCCGCAUUGCCAAAGAGAGCAAUAUUACUGUGCGCAUGGCAGCGUAUCCUACGGAAAAUGGAUUUGAAAAUAUAUUGCACGCAAACCUCGUUGAUACUACAAUCAGCACAAGCGUGAACCAUGACACAUUAUUGAAGGCUAAGUCUCAUGAUAUAACAGUCGAUUUUUCUUAUCCAUAUGGAUGGCAGGAUAAAGCCGAAUGGAAUUUCAACGUCUGUUCAACACAAGCAGAACUAUUUGUUCUCCGAGAUCACGUCUAUCUUAUCUCAGAUCUGGUAACAGAUUUCUCUGGUGGUGAAGAGGUACUAUAUGAGCAAUUCAGGCCGUUUGACUAUCGAUUUCGCUGGGAUAUUCGUGGUUAUUCCGCUUAUCUCAAUGUGAAUGAUGCAAAUAUUAUUAAUAAUCCUAUCGAUUUCGGCGAGAACUGCUACCUGUCUGUCCACGGUGAUGAUGCAGAAAUAACGUUUUCCUUACCCAUUACCAGCAUCAUUCAAAAAUAUGUGACGGUUGAUUUUAACAUUUUCACACCACAUUUCAGUUUAUUCCUAAAUGCGCCUCCAUGGCACACAUUCAGUGAGUUAUUACACUACAAAGAGAUCGGACGGUCGAAGAAUUUUAAUAUUAAGGGAAGCUAUACUUCUUAUAGCGAAGUAGAUGUUGAUAACGUUGAUGCACUUAAUAUCGCAUGCGAGACGGACUACAUUGUAGUACUUUGCUAUGGAGUGAUUCUGAAAUGUAUGCUAAAUGUCAAGGUCAACUACUUCGGGGAAAUGGUACACUUCCGUACUACAGAAGAAUAUGUUGAAGAGCUGCAGCGCAGAAACAAACAGAAUCCUAGUACUUGUAGGCCCUUUAAUUCUGAUGGUAAUGUCCAUGAUUCCGAUGUUGUAGCGACGGAAUCAAAUGAAAUUAUAGAUGCAAGUUUCGAUGCUUUUGGAGGUCCGCCUACGAUUAAGAAGUCGGCCUUAAAGAGAUCUAUUAAUGAGUUGGACGUCUGGUUUACAUUCAUAUCAAAAGGAGGUUGUUUUUUCUUCCCUGAGAAUAUUUAUAAAUUUGACGCAUGUUUGGGAUUUUACUUUGAUAACCUUGAAGCAAGUUUAAGAUUUCUAAAUUAUUAUGUCGAUGCAGCCGUUAGCUUGGAUUCGAUUUAUUUUAAACGUCAUACCGAUAUUGACGCUCGUACGCUUUUCAAGGUAAUUGAAGAUAUAGGUAUACCGAUUGAUGCAUCAGAUGCCUAUUUAUCUCAAUUUAGUUUUCGACUCCACAAGAUGCUUGGUAUUAUGCCAAGCGAAGAAUCUUACGCCUGCGAGUUUGAUGUGCGUGUGGAUACUCUGGAUGUCCAUUGUGAUUUGGCGGUCCUUAAAGCAUUUGUAAACACGUUACGGAAUCUAGCAUUCGGGUUUAAAGACGUGGAAAACAGCUUGCAGUAUGAGCGAGAACAAGUUUUUGAUCUGAACAAAAUCAGUUGUGUGAUCGAAAAUGUUACUGUGAAGCUGCAGAAUGUUGAUAAGGAUGAGGAUAUUUGGCUAUCUCUAAAUCUUCCAGUUACUACAUUGACUUCAUUUGACUUAGCGAAUGAAAGAUAUUCUAGGAGAUCAGAUUUGAGCAUACCCGAGUUAUUAUUCGGAAUAUAUCGCGGUGAUAGUGAAAGUACCUGUUUGGGGGCUUUUUCCACAGGAGUGACCGUCACUUUAUUUGAGAGGUUUGAACAAUUCGCACGAUGCCGCGUCUUGCAAAGAAAGCAUAUUUUAGUAAAUGACGCACCGUUCCAUAGGUGCUCAUUCAUGCUUCCACCAGAAUAUAAAAAAAUGCCAAUUUACAGAUCUCUGUAUGGAUGCAUUCCGCCUAGUUCUUCCCUCCCUUUAUUUCCAGAACCAAUAUCUGCAGACAAUUUUGAGGUAAUAUUUGAGAAACUUUUAGGUGAGAUAUACCAGGAAUACGCUUCGGAUUCCAGCUACCAGAUCACUGAUGACUCAAUUUCUUCUACAGAACAUGACUACCAUAAUCAAACGGUUAAUGCGGCAAUCGGAACCUCAUCAUCUCUAUUUAUCCGUUCCCAAAAUCAUCAACAAACCUUAUCGAGCUUUAUUGUUGAAUUUGAUCCAAUAGAUGGAUAUCUUGACCUUUCAGCAACAGAGUUUAUGCUUGAAAUUUACAAAUACUUGACCGAAGUGAGCCUUGACGAAGCAAUCGAUUCGUUAGAGAUUGGGAUAAUCAACCAGUUCAUUCAGACUUUUGGUGAAGACAACGGUAUAUCCGAGGUUAGAGUGUUAUGUCCAAACAUUAGUUUGUCCGCCACAAAUAAACAGAGCAAGUUUUCUAUGUUCAAACUUUCUUCGAAGAUCAAGAAUUUGGAUAUCACUUCAAGGAUAAAAUCAUCUGACCCUAAUUUGAAGCCUGACCCAGAAAAGACUACUCUCUGUUAUAAAAUAGACUAUAUCAGGGCAAAUAUUGUUCAGGAUGGUAUAGUGGUUCCACCGAAGCAGCCAAGUCAAUUAUUUUCGUGUUCUAUUGAACUUCUGGAAGGUUAUUUAUCAUAUGAUAAACUAUCCUUACUUGAUAACAAUGUACAAAGUUGUUCGGUUACACUUUCUCCGGGAACAGACAAAUUGUUGUUUGAAUUCUUGAACCCUUUCAUCUCAACUUUUGAUCUCCUUCAGAGGGAACUAUCAUCCUUUGAAGACACGCUAUUGGCUUCUAAGCGUGAAUUCCUACUUAAUAUUCUACGUGGUGGACGGGAUUACGAGAUACAACAUGAUCCACCAGUUAUAACAAAGCCGGCCAAUAUCACAAGGUUUUCAAACAGGCAUAUAAGAUCAGCUGAAAGCUGGCGAAUAAUUAUGAGACUGCGUCAUAUCCUAAAUUAUUUGCCUCAGGAAUGGCAUCAAAGUUUUACUAGGCAUCUAGGAACUCAAGACUUUACCUCGCCCGAAGAAGCGGGUAAGGAGUUUCUGUCCAUCUUCUCCGACUGGCGGAGCUGGGAGCCUACCGAUGUGCAGGGGUCAUUUGUUCAUGAAAAAGUGUUCACCAAGAAAAGGUCACGUCCUUUUGCUGCCUUACAGGGAUUUACAUUUUCUUCAGACGAUAUUCGCUUAAAUAUGAAGGACGAUGCCCGCGUACCUAUUACAGUAAAAGGUGUAACACUCGGUAUACGGAAUAAUGGUUUGGCGCCAGAGCAAGUAGAUGGUCGAACUGAAGGCAGCAUGCCUGAUCCGGAUUAUAUUUCUUUCUGUACGACUGAUGAAGUCGUGAUGCGAGUCGAUAGAUCUUUUGUCAAAACAUUAAAAGAGUUCCGUGACUUGAUCCAUCGUUUUAAAAUUGGCGGGCCAGUUGGAACUGCAAAGCAUGAUAAUGUUUCCCUUUUCUCAAAUAUAACCUUUCAAUUUGGAAAAUUAUAUGUUGUCGCCAAGUUAGCAGGUGUUUAUUUGCGUAUCUGCUUGGAUAAUUUAUCAGCCUUGAUGCUCACAUCCCAGUCCAGUGUUGAGUCAAAGGUAAUUUCUUCCAGCACUCUAUCAUUUGACCAUAUGCAAGCUAUACUUGGAUACAGGAGCUUUAGGUUUAUGACUAUCGAUAUUGAUAUGUUUUCCGUACUUUUGCACUAUUUGCCAGGACAAGGCUGCUAUAGUAUUGAUUGGAAGGCUAGAAAGUUUCAUAUUGAUUCAUCAUCAGCAACAACUAAAGAUCUUACAGAAUCUCUACCAUACGUCCGCGAUGAAAUCAAAUACUUGGUUGAGGCACUGGUACCUGAAUUAUUUGCAGAACCGCCAAUUGAGCGAGAGUCCAGUGGUAACAAGAUACAUGCAGUCUUAUUUCAAGGACAGGUUGCUAAUAUUACCUUGAAGUUACAAAUUCUAUCACCCUUUAUCAUACUAUAUUGUGCGGAAAACUUUGAAUUGCAAGCAGAAAGUACAGAUUCGGUUAUUUUUGAUCUCAAUUCGGGUGAAUCGUAUAUGGAAAUUAGUUCAGCGAAGCAAAAACUGGACUACUUUAAGUAUACUCACACAUGUUUGAAGCUGUCUGGUACUUCUUCUAGUGCCCGAUUAUUUGAACAUAUCAGCUGCGAUAUUGGCAUCCUGAAGCUUUCCGUAUUUGACCUCAAGACUAGGAUCACGGAUCUACUUCAGGAUAUAAAAGCUGCCCUUUUCAGUAUGAAAUCCUUGAGCGACAUUUUGAACAUUUCUCAGUCAAGUCCAACAGCUAGUGCGUUUGGAUCAUGGUUCAGCAUUUUACCUGAUAAUCUUAGCUUACAGGCCACAUACGCUGGCUUGUUAUUAGGAUUUGGUCACACGCUCUACAUCUUGGAAUUCAAUAAUUUUGAAGCUAAGCACACUAGGGAUGGACUUCCCGAUGCUAUAACUCCUAGGCCAUGUUUCAAAGUGGACCAUUCAAUUGAGUCUGCUUCGUUUUUAAUAAAGGAUAGAAGGAUUGAUGACAGAUUAGCGAAAGUAGUCGACUUUGCUGUCAAUUUUAAUAUGGUUCAUGAUACUGAUCUCUGUAUACAGUCAGUUCAGAUAGAAAGCACGCACUUAAAGAUCACACUCGCACCGAUGACAGUCGUCCGUUUAUUGUCGCUCAUAAAUGAAUUUGGCAUAAUAAGGAAACAAUUCACCGAAGAGUCAAUUUAUACACCAUCAUCAGCCCAUAACAAUUCAACAGCAACAGAGUGUUUAGAACCGUCAGUAUGGCGCCUCAUCAUCAAGUCAGGUCAUAUUUUAUCUCACGAUUUUUCGAUUGUCUGGCUUUUCGAUAUUCCUAACAGCAGUGCUGAUGGCCUAAUUUGCGGUUACGACCGUUUAUUCUCAGUCUAUGAAAAGCCUUAUGGUAAACUAACUCUAUUAAAUGCAUACUUCUCAGCUGCAAAGAUUUUAGCGAGUGAAGCAGAUUUCUACUCGUCUGUAGUACGGAAACAACGGAUAAAUACCAGUUACCUAUCGGACAUGCAGCUGAGGUAUUGGUUUACUGAAGAUAGCGAGAAUACCGACCUAUUCAUUAGAAUCCAUGGAGCCAAGCUGGCGGUUGACAUUUCAGCAGAAAUAGUUACGCUUUUGGAGGAAACUAUCCAAUCAAUACAAACUUUUAACAAUCUUAAGAAAGCGCUGGUCGAUCCUUUUAGGACAAAAAAACAGGAUUCAGAUAUCUCAAAAGAACCUUAUAAUUGGAAUAACCAGUUGGCUACCGGAGUUCGUUCGCUAAACUGUAUUAUAAACUAUGCUGGUGUUACUUUGAAGCUUCACUCGCACGAUGGGCGUGGAGAUGCCUCUCCCUUAGAAUUGACUAGUCCAUCUUAUAAAGUCGCGAUAGACUACAAAUACUUCCCUAACCUUGAAAAGACCCAUCGGUUUAGAACAUUAAUCACAGCGACUCCUACUCACAAUACCUUUUAUUCUACAUCUGCCUUCUUGAUACAUGAUUUAUGUUAUCGUUUUAGCAAAUUGCUUAAAACUUCCAGUACAGAAAACAAAUCUUCUUCUGCGUCAACAAGCAGUUCUAUUAAAGUGGAAGGUUCCGAUAACUCCACUUUAUUGGGGUCAAUAGACCUGGUCAUUAUACUUAAUGUCGGUAAGCAAGAGGUUACCUUUAGUUGUGAACCUAAAGCGAAAGUUCAAGCUACAGUGGGUUUUGAAAAGUUUGAUAUUAAGAUAUUCAAUAACAAUAUAAAUGAUGAGGAAUCCUUGUGCCUAGCCAUUGAAAUAGAAAAUUUAAUGACUAAUUCACGGCAUAUCUACUCAAGGGAAGUAUGUGCUUCACUUAAACUGAGACAUAUUAGUAUGGUGUUUGAUAUCAUGGGAUCUCAAGUUCGUCGGAUAUAUGGUUCUACGUUAAUAUCAAGCCCAUUAUUUUAUUUCAAUAUGAAGCAGCUACAAGAUCUCAAACUUUUCAUUGAUCAGUGGUUCCCUCAAAAGACGCCGAUGAACACUGGCAGUUAUCCAGAAGGUGUUUUGGUAGAUGAUAUAUCUAGAUCAAUUGGUUCCAAAUUUUACAAAGGUUCCAGUUCCUCGUCUUUUACCUGGGGGUAUUCCGUCAUAGUUGCUGGUUCAUGUGCGGAGAUUGAACUGGGCCCAUCGUUGGGUGUGCUAAAUGUUACCUCUGAAGAUGUAUGGGCUAUUUCAAAACAACAAGUCGAUUGGAGCCAGCAGCUAGAUCUAAACAUGGGCAAACUUGAUGUCACUUCAAGCGGACGACUUGGCGGCAAUUUUUUGGUAAGAAAUGCUCAUCUUUCGCUUGAGCUGAAGUGGCCGAAUCCGAAAGACUUUUUCCAAGUACCUUUGGUAUGCGUCAAACUAGGUUCUGAUACAGUCGAUACCAAACUUUCAUUUGACUAUCACACGUUCUUCAUAAGUUCUUUGAAGCAGGGCUACGCCAGCCUUUUCAAUGAAAGAGACGAAGAUGGUUCAUUAGCAGAUUUGCUUUCUGUUACGGUGUCUUUUGAGAGUGUCAAUAUUUUCUUGACUGCAUUAGCGGCAGCUAAUAUAUCAGAUAUUAAGAAUUCAAUUACAAGGUUGAAGAAAGAUAAUGAAUUAUCCUACUUAAGUUCAUUUUUAGCUUCUGAUCAACCUAGCGAUGAACCUGAAGAAGAUGGAGGUAUUUUUGAUACACUGUCGCUGCUGCGGACGCAGCUUUCCUUAAAUUUAGGCGUGUUUCGCUUACAAAUAUCGCCUACUUCCCUAUUUGAUUCAGAUGUCCUAAUACUCACUGCGACAAAAAUGAUGGCUAAUACAGGUAUACAGGCUGAUAUUAAAAUUAAGACAGACCUGCAUUGGCAAUUAGAUGAUGUAUCCUUGGCACUACUACCAUUUAACAACAGUUUAGAUGAAAGCUAUCUUGCAACAAUGGAAGUGGGGAAAUAUAUCGAGCUAUCAUCUACUAUACAAGGUGGGGCUAUAUUUUCUGCGCCCUCCAUUGUUGUUAAUAUGACUACAUGGCAGGAGCCCCAGAGCAAUGUUAUUGAGUUGUUAUACUCUACUAGUUUUGGUGGAACAGUCAAAAUCCGUUGGAAUUUGGGGCCAAUCUCCUUCAUUAAAGAUAUGUGGCAAGCACAUAUGAAUGCUAUGCAGUUACGGGAAGGAUAUUAUCAUGGCCUGGCUGAGUCCGGGGUAGCAGUAACCCCUCUGAAUAGCAAAGCAGUGCCUUUGGAAAUGCAUCUCGGUUCCGACUAUCAAUAUUUACCCUUACAAGAACCAGAUAUAGAAAUGCCUCGGAUUAAAGAUCUGGGCGAUGCUACCCCUCCCAUUGAAUGGUUUGGUGUUAAUCGUACUAAAUUUCCUGGUUUCACUCAUCAGUUUGUCAUUGUACCAUUACAGAAGCUGGCCCGUACAGCCGAGAAAGAAUACGAAAAGAUAUUAGGACGCGCGCUUUAA